AUGGAUGAACACUUUUCUCGCCGGAAACCAAUACCACCCCUAUAUGACGAAAGUCACGACACCGAGCCCCUGUUCACAUCCGAGGAACCUGAGGAGGGGGUCCAACGAUAUACACUUGAGGAUGCACCCGUAACUCCUGAGCCUCGUCGCCGCUUUGGACUUCGGGACACGACUGGGCACGAUCAACUUUCAGCGCUACCGAGCUUCCCUGCUACUGGAAUGAUGCGAUUUUCUGAAGAGGAUCGAGCGGUUCUGUCUCCUAUAUCUGAGAGGCCAGAGAGACAAUCUAGCAAAGCGUCCUCGAGUGCAAGAUCUGGGUCGACUGUGGUGGUUGACCACCCCCAAAGUGUUGGCGCAUUUGACCAAGUCAUGCAGAGCGUGGAACCUUCGUAUCCUGCCCAGCCUGCUUGGGGCCAAGAGGACUACUCUCAGCAGCAACAGCUACCACAACAGUAUCCAGCAGGGUAUCAUGGAUCAAGUGCCAUUCCCAACCGGACCCUCGUUCGUUUCUCAACCCUCUUUGAGCCAACAACCGACAGGGUUUACUCAACUGCAACAUACGGGCACCGAUCAAUCUGCAUCCUGGCAGCAGUCGACACCGACCAGACAGAAUCGUGGCAACACACUGGCACAACUUUUGGACAGACGCCGUCUUAUCAGAACACUGGCUUUACACAGUCGGUUCAGCACACUGGAGCUUCCUAUUCCCAACAGUAUCCAGUUGCGGCACAUAACUAUCAGCAGACUACUGGGGGCUCUUUGCCUGUACCUCAACAGCAACCCAUGGGCUAUUCAACUUCUAUAUACUCAUCCCCCUCAAAUGUCCGUUCACGAACUACCCCUGAACGGCCAAAUGGCGGAUAUUCGAUAUCACGCAGCGCCUCUCCAACAUCAUUCAAAGGAAACGACUCGAUGGAAUAUGACAUGGUGCCCGACGCUACAGUCCUAAAGUUUGAUCAAGAUAUGGCUCAAGAGCAACAAAAAACCGGGCAAUCAAAUUAUGGAUACAAACAAGUUCGUGGAUUAAACUUCAACUCGAAAGGAGGAGUUGAGCACAUCCCGAUCGAUAAAGACAACCCUUUCGACGUUUCAUUGGGGACAUCGGUCGAAUCAAGUGGGCCUGCCCCAGAAGGACGAAUGAUGCGAAGACACAAGACGAAAAAACGUGUACCGUUGACUGCAGGACAUUUAGUUAUAGAGUUACCCAUUCCAGAUCGAUUGGUAUUACCCAAACGAGGAACCGAAGAGAUGAUGACAACCAGGUACACAGCCGUGACGUGCGACCCAGAUGACUUUGAGUCGAGCCAAUAUUCAUUACGGCAAAACCUGUACGGCCGAUCUACCGAACUUUUUAUCGCCAUUACGAUGUAUAACGAAGACGAGGUUCUAUUUUGCCGAACUCUGUACGGAGUCAUGAAGAACAUCUCGCAUCUAUGCUCCCGACGAUCAAGUAUGACCUGGGGACCUGAUUCAUGGAAAAAGGUAGUUGUAUGCAUUAUUGCCGAUGGUCGAAAACACGUUCAUCCCGAGUGUUGGAUUGUUUAUCAGCUUUGGGAGUCUACCAAGGAGAAGCUAGGUGGCCAUAUGAAAAAUAUUGUCGCCGACAAGGAAGUGACCGCCCAUCUGUUCGAGUACACCACAUCCGUAGCGUUGGACCCAGACAUGCACUUUAAAUAUCCUGACCCGGCCAAGAAAGGUGGUCCAGGGAUUGUGCCCACGCAAAUUCUAUUCUGUUUGAAAGAAAAGAAUAAGAAGAAGAUCAACAGCCAUCGAUGGUUUUUCAACGCGUUUGCUCCUCUACUACAGCCGAAUGUGUGCAUACUAAUCGAUGUUGGAACGCGACCCGGAACAAAAAGCUUGUACCACUUGUGGAAGACCUUUGAUGUAAGCUCGAAUGUCGGUGGGGCGUGUGGAGAAAUCGCAGCAUACAAAGGGAAGCGAUGGAAAGCGUUAUUAAACCCGCUUGGUAUGUUUGACAUUCUGACGAGCGAAGCAGAGUUAAAUCUUUCACAUUCAGUUGCGGCGCAAAACUUUGAGUACAAGAUCAGUAAUAUAUUAGACAAGCCCACAGAAUCCAUGUUUGGGUACAUUUCUGUGCUUCCUGGGGCGUUUUCGGCGUAUCGGUACAUCGCUCUACUGAACGACAAGAAUGGAGAAGGUCCACUAGCCUCGUACUUCAAGGGGGAGGUACUGAAUGGUCGAACACAAGACAUCUUUACGUCGAAUAUGUACCUGGCUGAGGAUCGUAUCUUGUGCUUCGAGCUCAUCGCAAAGAAGAACUCAGACUGGGUACUGCGUUAUGUCAAGAGUGCGAUUGGCGAGACGGAUGUACCAGAUACAUUGGCAGAAUUUAUCAGCCAGCGCAGGCGAUGGCUGAACGGGUCUUUCUUUGCCGCCGUAUACUCUAUCGCACACGUUCGCCAGGUUAUGCAAUCGGGCCAUGGGAGUAUAAGGAAGAUGACUCUGCUAGUGGAAACUGUAUACAACACGAUUGGUUUGGUUAUUUCGUGGUUUGCGAUUGGCAAUUUUUAUAUCUUUUUCGUGAUCUUGACGUCGUCCCUCGAAGAUCCUGCGUUUAAGAUUAAUGGGAUCAAGUACGUAAACUUGGUUAUGCAGUAUGGGUACGGAGCGAUCAUCGUGACGACAUUUUUGAUAUCAAUGGGCAACAAGCCCCGCGCGGUGCCGUGGAAGUACAAAGUCCCGGCGAUUCUCGUCGCUCAACCCUCACGGCUCAAUGGCCAAAUGCUGCUCUCGCUCCUGGUGACGUACGGAGUGUAUUUCUUGUCAAGUCUAUUGGCGUUUGAUCCCUGGCACUUGUUCACGAGCGCUAUCCCUUAUUUCUUGAUGGCGCCGUUGUAUAUUAACUUGUUGAAUACGUUUGCGUUUGCUAAUUUGGACGACAUUUCAUGGGGAACGAAAGAAACGGGACACGAGCAACUGGACUUGGGGACGGUACAGGCGACAAAAGACAACAAGAUUGUCGAGGUCGAGUUGGCUGAAGCACCGGCAGACAGGAACAGCGCGUACAUGGAUGCAUUGCAUCGGCUCAAGGUUCGAAAGCCACCGGUGACUCGAAAGGAGGGGUCGACGGAUGCGGAAAAGGAGCAGGCGGCCAAGGACUAUUAUGCCUCUGUGCGAACGAACGUGUUGUUGGCGUGGGUGUUGUCAAACGGUGUGUUGGCUGCUGGGAUCUUGUCAGGUGGGAACCCGAGCUCGACAUUUACGCAGGCGAUGGGGAGUGAGGGGAAUCUGAGCAAGACACGGGCGUAUAUGGUGUUUAUCCUGGCUCAUCGCACUCGCCUGUUCCGUGCCGUCUCCGACAACGACACGCCUGGGACAACGACGACAACGACGACUGCGGCGACAACGACAGGACAGACAGCGAUGGCGAACCGGCGACGACAGGACGAUGGGGACGAGGGAGUGGAGGAGAACAAGGCGCGUGGGAACAAGCGGCCAAAGGAUGUGGUGGGCAAGACCAAGAAGACGGCAGAGGACGUGCCCAUGCCCGUGUCCUACACCAACCACGACGACGACGAGGAAGGCAGUGUCACUCGCUACGAAGAGGACUUUGGCAACUUUAUGAUCCAGUGCGAGCAGUGUUCCGUCUGGCAGCACGGGGUCUGUAUGGGCGUGGCCAACGUCGACGAGAGCCCCGAACACUACUACUGCGAGAUGUGCAGACCCGAAAACCAUGCUGGUCUCUUACGUGACCUCAAGAAGACAAAGAACACAAUGAACAGUCGUGAUGCAGCCUAUGACGAGGCCACCGCCCAGGCAAUCCUUCUAUCUAUCCAACAAGACCCAGACAUCGAAGAGUCUACCAAUCCCAAGCGCAAGAGGAAGCGAACCCGCGAUGUCGAAGACGAUGAUAUAUUGAAGCCCAAGCGAACCACAUUGUCUCCUCCCGUCUCCACCACCUCCGAUCGGCCCCCCACCACCAUGGCCGACACUCCAUCCGUUCCGACCCCUGCCCCCAAGCCUGAUCAGUCUGUCACUGGCGGAAGGGCCGUCAAGCGACGCAAGGAAAAGGAUCUCGACGUGGAUGGCAAACCCAAGCACCCGAAUCAAUAUACCUAUCGCAGUGGCGCCAAGUCCCUCCAUCCUCCCGACGACCAGGGAACAACGACUCGGCGCCGUAUCCGUCUGGAGGCACGAGAAGAGGCGCUGCCGCUGCGCUGCUGCCGCCGCCGCUGCCGAACGGGCCCCUUCCCCCUCCCCGCUUCCGACCUCAACGCCAAGAUUCGCUGGCCGGGUAAACGCACAACGAUCGGAGACAUGCGCAAGCGCGUGCGCGGCAUGCUCGAAUGGGUCGGUCGUGCCCAGGCCGAGGCGAUCGACAGGGCCAAGCGAGUCGAAGAGCUCGAGCGCGCACGACGAGAAAACGAGCGGCUCAUGAGGGAGACCGAACCCGAGCCCGAGGUCGUGGUCCACGACGAGUCUGCAAACGGCCCCGCAUCGGGAUCUGGUUCGUCGGCGAUUUCGUCUCUCCCGCCUACCGGUUCGCUCGCGCCCGUCAAACUCCCAGACGUGCAAUCCGUCCCGGCCGUGUCGACCCUCCAGCUGCUCGAAAGUCUGACCAGACCUGUUGGGAUUCCAAGAGCGGUUCAGCGACGGCGGGAGGUGAGCGAGCGCGAACGGCGAGGGCGGGGCGGGGACGUAGACUGA